CCAUAAAAAAGCAGAAACUCCAACUAUUCAAACCCCUCGCAGACCCAAAGAUGAAGACUUUCAGCAUUGCCGUUGCAGUCAUCAUUGCUCUUGCGUUCAGUUUAAUUCAGGAGAGCAAUUCCUCGUCUUUUUCUGAACAGGAAGAUGUAGCAGCAACGAGAAGCGGUGCCGAUGUUGAACAUUUUGAGAUGCCGGCAGACGAACCAAAGAUUAAUGUUUCCAUUACGCAUAAACUCAAGCACAAUGUUGGAAAAUGCCGGUGGUGCUGCAACUGCUGUCAACAAGGUCCGGGAUGGUGUGGACUCUGCUGCCAGUGGUGAUUCCUGGAAAUGAGUGCUGUCACAAAUCAGUAUAAUCCCAAUAAACAUCAAUAUGCAAAUGG